AUGGAGGCCCAAGAUUUGUGGGUUGGGUGUCUUGUUCUUGGAUUCUUAAUGUUCCAAGGUCAAGUCUUGCAAUCACAGAACCUAACGUGCAACCAGAAUGAUUUGAAGGCAUUACAGGAUUUUACGAGGGGCUUGCAGUCACCAAUUCAAGGUUGGGGUACUACCAACUCAUCGUUCUCUGAUUGCUGCAACUGGUUAGGCAUCACUUGCAACUCUUCCUCUUCUCUUGGUCUAGUGAAUGAUUCUGUCAAUUCCGGCAGAGUCACAAAAGUAGAGCUUGGAAGGCAAAGAUUGACUGGCAUACUUGUGGAAUCAAUAGGCAGUUUGGAUCAGCUUAGAACCCUCAAUCUCUCCCACAAUUUCCUCAAAGAUUCACUUCCUUUCUCAUUGUUUCAUUUGCCAAAACUAGAGUUUCUGGACUUGAAUUCCAAUGACUUCACUGGCUCUAUCCCACAAAGCAUCAAUCUUCCCUCCAUCAAAUUCCUUGACAUUUCCUCAAAUUUUCUAAAUGGCUCACUCCCUACACAUAUUUGCCAAAACUCUUCAACAAUUCAGGUUAUUGUUUUGGCUGUUAACUACUUCUCUGGUAUUCUUUCACCUGGACUAGGGAAUUGCACUACCUUGGAGCACCUCUGUCUUGGCAUGAAUGAUCUCACUGGGGGUAUAAGUGAGGACAUCUUUCAGCUUCAAAAUUUGAAGCUUUUGGGUCUCCAAGAUAACAAGCUUUCUGGAAAUUUGAGUACUGGCAUCGGUAAACUCCUUAGCCUUGAACGUUUAGACAUUUCCUCUAAUAGUUUUUCAGGUACCAUUCCAGAUGUUUUUCAUAGCUUGUCUAAGUUAAAGUUUCUCCUAGGCCAUUCAAAUGAUUUUGUUGGUAGCAUACCCCACUCCUUGGCUAAUUCCCCAUCUCUCAAUUUGCUUAAUUUGAGGAAUAAUUCAUUUGGAGGCAUUAUUGAUCUGAAUUGUUCUGCCAUGACUAGUUUGUCAUCUCUUGAUUUAGCUACUAAUCAUUUUACUGGGCCUGUGCCUUCUUACCUGCCUUCUUGUAAGAAUUUGAAGAAUAUUAAUCUUGCCCGGAACAAAUUCACUGGCGAAAUCCCAGAAAGCUUCAAGAGUUUUCGAGGCCUCUCCUACCUUUCCUUCUCAAAUUGCAGCAUUACCAAUCUUUCAUCUACCCUUCGAAUCCUGCAGCAAUGCAAGAAUUUAACAACUUUGGUCCUCACCUUGAAUUUCCAUGGUGAAGCAUUGCCUGCUGACCCUGAUCUUCAUUUUGAGAACUUAAAGGUUCUUGUUAUUGCUAACUGUCAACUCACAGGAUCAAUACCCCAGUGGUUGAGCAGGAGCUCCAAAUUGCAGUUGGUGGAUUUGUCAUGGAACCACUUGAGUAGAACCAUCCCUUCCUGGUUUAGUGGUUUUGAAAAUCUCUUUUACUUGGACUUAUCAAACAACUCCUUUGCUGGCGAGAUUCCAAAGAACUUGACUAAAUUGCCAAGCCUCAUCAGCAAGGAUAUUUCAAUUGAGGAGCCUUCACCGGAUUUCCCAUUUUUCCUCAGAAGGAAUGAAAGUGGGAGGGGGUUGCAGUAUAAUCAGGUGUGGAGCUUUCCACCUACUUUGGCGCUUAGUGACAACUUACUUACUGGACCAAUUUGGCCAGAGUUUGGUUAUUUGGCGAAGCUCCAUGUCUUUGAGUUGAAGUCUAACCGUUUAUCCGGAAAUAUACCAAGUGAAUUAUCAGGGAUGAGGAGCUUGGAGACUUUGGAUUUGUCCCAUAACAAUCUUACAGGGGACAUACCCUUGUCCCUGGUAAAUCUCAGCUUUCUGUCCAAGUUUAGUGUUGCCUACAAUCAACUCCGCGGGAAGAUCCCUACUGGAAGUCAGUUUAUGACCUUCCCAAACUCAAGCUUCGAAGGGAAUCGUCUUUGUGGUGACCAUGGUACUCCACCUUGCCCAAAAUCUGACCAAGUUCCACUUGAAACAUCCAGAAAAUCAGGAAGAAACAAAGAUGUUAUUGUCGGAAUGGUUGUUGGGAUUUUUUUGGCACGGCUUUCCUUCUUGCCCUCAUGA